GCGUGGAUCUAUGAUCAACGCAUGCGCAAAAAUUCUUCAAGACGUGGAACGAAGAAGAGCUUUGUUUCUUCCACUUCACUUGAGCGGUUGAGCCAGUCAAAGUAAUAACCGCUUCGCAUUUACCAAUUUUUUCCACUAUCCGGCUUCAAAUAUGUCUCAUCGAAAGUUCAGCGCUCCACGUCAUGGGUCCAUGGGAUUCUAUCCCAAGAAAAGGUCAAGGAGACAUCGUGGUAAAGUAAAGGCUUUUCCCAAGGAUGAUCCAUCCAAACCUGUACAUCUAACAGCUUUCAUGGGUUAUAAGGCUGGUAUGACUCACGUGGUUAGGGAAGCCGACCGUCCAGGAUCUAAGAUUAACAAGAAAGAAAUUGUUGAAGCAGUAACUAUUAUUGAAACACCUCCUAUGAUGGUAGUAGGUGUUGUUGGUUAUAUUGAGACCCCUCAUGGCUUGAGGGCCUUAGCUACAGUUUGGGCAGAGCACUUAUCUGAGGACUGCCGUAGACGCUUUUAUAAAAACUGGUAUAAGAGCAAAAAGAAGGCUUUCACCAAAGCUUCAAAGAAGUGGUCUGAUGACCUUGGGAAGAAGUCUAUUGAUAGAGACCUGAAGAAAAUUAUGAAAUACUGCAAGGUUGUUAGGGUCAUCGCUCAUACCCAGAUGAAGCUUCUGAAAAAACGCCAAAAGAAAUCUGACAUUAUGGAGAUCCAACUAAAUGGUGGCUCCAUAGCAGAUAAGGUUGAAUGGGCAAGAAAACAUUUUGAGAAGCCCAUACCUAUUUCCGAAGUGUUUGCCCAAGAUGAAAUGAUGGAUGUUAUUGGAGUAACUAAGGGGAAAGGAUUCAAAGGUGUUACCUCAAGAUGGCACACUAAAAAAUUACCUAGGAAAACGCACAAGGGUCUUCGUAAAGUAGCCUGUAUUGGAGCUUGGCAUCCUUCUAGAGUAUCUUUCACCGUUGCCAGAGCAGGUCAGAAGGGAUAUCACCAUCGUACAGAAAUAAACAAAAAGAUUUACAGAAUCGGUUCUGGUAUUCACACCAAGGAUGGCAAAGUCAUUAAAAAUAAUGCCUCAACACAGUAUGAUUUGACUGAGAAAACAAUUACACCAAUGGGUGGCUUCCCUCAUUAUGGUGAAGUCAAUAAUGAUUACAUCAUGAUCAAAGGUUGCUGCAUGGGUACCAAGAAAAGAGUUAUAACAUUGAGAAAGUCCUUAUUGGUGCAUACCAAACGUGUUGCUUUGGAGAAGAUCAAUUUGAAAUUCAUCGAUACUUCCUCCAAAUUCGGUCAUGGUAGGUUCCAAACUGUUGCCGAUAAAGCUGCCUUUAUGGGUCCUCUCAAGAAGGACAGAAUCAGGGAAGAAGAAAAAGCUGCUGCUGCUUCCAAAGCUUAGACUUGUUGACCUGAAAAUUAGUUCAGAAAUGAUUUCAAAUGUAUUUUUAGAUACGUUAAUAUUUAAUAUGUACAUAUCUGUAUAUAAUAUAAUGAUGUAAUAAAAAUGCAUUGAAAUUUUA